AUGUCUUCUUUUCUUCCUGCCACAACAGACUCGAUCGCUCUGGCAUUGGAAGCUAAAGACCCAUCUGAGGGCAUCUCCAUUCUUUAUCGUGUACUUGGGGAUCCUUCUUCUUCCCCAGAAGCUCUGCCCAUGAAAGAGCAAGCCAUAACAAAUCUCACCGACCUUCUCAGGCAAGAGAAUAGGGCGAAAGAUCUGCGCAUCCUUCUCACUCAGUUGGGGCCAUUCUUUUCCUUGACUCACAAGCUUUGA